AAAAGUUUAAUAACUAGUUUGACUUCUAAUGUAUUUUCUCAGAAAGACAGCACCCACAUGAGAAGCCAACAGCGGGUGGUCUCCUGCUCCGAUUUCCGUCUCUCACACUCAGGCUUAAAGUGACGCAGUGGGGCUGUAGAGAUAGGCAAAUAGCUUGAUAGGGAGCUAGGUGGAUAGCUUAGAGUCAGAGUAGAAUUUUGUAGGUGUUGCCAUGGCCAUGGUGGGAGGUAGUUGAGGUGGCAGUGUAGGUUUGGUUGUUUUGUUUUUUUAGGGGGGUGAGAGGUAGGAGGGGUAGGAUGGCAGGGGUAGAAUGGUGUGGGUAGAGCUUCCUGCUGAUCUUGAGUUUGGGUGUGAGGCUGUUGGAGUGGCAUGUAUACUGGAUUGUGCCUCGAGGUUUGCUGGUACAGAACUGUAUCGACAUGGAUUUUCAUCACCAGGACCACUCGCUGAUGCGGAGGACAAUCUAAAAGAGGACCCCUCUGCCAGAGCGGAGGAUGACUUGACGCAAAGGAUACCACGGCCGGACCAUCAACAGGAGGACCCCUCUGCUGGAGCAGAGGAUGACCUGGACAACGACGCCUUUGAUACCACGGACGGACCGGACCAUCAACAGGAGGACCCCUCCGCUGAAGCGGAGGAUGGCCCGGACAACGACGCCAUGGAUACCACGGCCGGACCAUCAACAGGAGGACCCCUCUGCUGGAGCGGAGGAUGACUUGGACAACGACGCCUUGGAUGCCACGGCCGGACCAUCAACAGGAGGUAUUUGUGUGUGAAGAAAUUUGUCUAGUAAGGUUAUUGCUCUUUAGCUCAAUAAAAUGAUGUUUGAAAAAUCUGUGUGGUAAUUACGUUAACAAAUUGUCUCUAUAGCAAUAUAGAAUACAUACUCAGUUUUUAAAAAACCCAAUAUAUUGCUAUUUGUCAUUGUCGAUGGGUGAGGGUGCCAGUGGCAGGGCCUUCUCUUUUCCUUUCCCCUGUUUUUUGUUCCUACUUUUAAUAAUCAUUAUUGCAUUGACGCGCUUCUCGUUACUCGUACUAAGAAAAGUUUAAUAUCUAGUUUGACUUCUAAUGUAUUUUCUCAGAAAGACAGCACCCACAUGAGAAGCCAAUAGCGGGUGGUCUCCUGCUCCGAUUUCCGUCUCUCACACUCAGGCUUAAAGUGACGCAGUGGGGCUGUAGAGAUAGGCAAAUAGCUUGAUAGGGAGCUAGGUGGAUAGG